AGUUGUGACAUCAUCAGCCUGCCUCUCUGAUGCAGCCAAUCCGAGCAGGCUCUGUAUUCAUUAAUAGAAUACAUCACUUGCCGUGAUUGGCGCAUAUGACGUCCUACCAUUCUCUGCGCUGAUCAUCAGGGCACUGAUGAUCAGUGUGGCCCCAGCAGUGCCAGCUGUCAGUGUCCAUCAGUGCCACAUAUCCGUGCCUACCAGUGCACAUCAAUGCCACAUAUCAGUGCCCAUCUGAGCUGCCUUUCAGUGCCACCCAUCAGUGCCACCUAUCAGUGCUGCCAAUCAGUGCCACCUAUUAGUGCGCAUCAGUGCCGCCUAUCGGGUGCCAUGUAUCAGUGCUGCCUUUCAGUGCCCAUCAGUGAUGCCUGUCAAUGCCCAUCAGUGCCACCUAUCAGU